AAAAAAGCUACCAAAAAACCUCUUAGCCACUGAUUGUCAACCACGGAUACUUGGAGAAUUGCAAGAUGAAAGCAGAAGCGAUAAUGUAGCUCAACAAAUUUCAGAUCUUGCUCUAGAAAAUGAGCCAAUGGUGGAAAAAGCAUUAAGAAAGAACUACAAAGAUCGGAGAGAUUUUUGCCUCUAUUGCGAAAAAGAUGUAUCGCAUUUUGCUAGACAUGUUUCUAAAUGGCACUCCGAGGAGAUUGAUGUAGUCAGACUACUUUGUCAUCAUGUUAAUUCAAAGGAGAGGCGACUGGCUUUAUCAAACUUAAAAAAAAAGGAAAUUUUAUCAAAAAUAGGGCAGAUACUGUAGUAAGACCUGUCAAGAGAUUAAAAAUUACUGAAAAAUUUUCAACCUCAGACGAGUAUCUUCCCUGCAAAUAUUGUUUAGGUUACUAUAAAAAAAAAAUUUAUACAGGCACACCAAAAUAUGUCCAUCUAAUUAUGAUAAAGAAAACAAAAGAAGACAAACUUCCCAAAGCGAUGGACAAACUGCUUUACUUUUACAAGAUUUUAAACAAGACGAUUUAUUGAAAACUAAAAUUUUCUGUAGAAUGCGCGCAGACGACAUAAGCCUUAUAGCUAAAAAAGAUACUUUAAUUUGUCAAUAUGCAUUUUCCUAUAUAAAGGGCCGCCAAAGUAAAGGUAAUAUUGACUUGGUAAGACAAAAUAUGCGAAGACUUGCAAAACUUUUGCGGUGUGCUAGAAAAGAGAAUUCCGACGUUCAGAAUCUUAUAGAUAUUCUCCGACCAAAGCACUUUAAACUAAUAAUAUCUGGAGUUAAUAAAAUUGCAAAAUAUAAUACGCAAACAGAAAAUUAUGAAUCUCCAACUUUGGCUAUUAAUUUUGGAACACUUAUAAAAAAAUGUUGUGACCUCGCAUAUAUUAAUCUCGUUCAAAUGGAAAACACAAGCGAUCAACGAAAAGAUCUUAAAAUAUUAAAGAACCUAAUAGAAUCUCAAUGGUGUAAUGAAGUUUCCGCGCAAGCAUGUACUAAUUUAAAUGAAAGUAAAUGGAACAAAGAAGAAUUAUUGCCUCUUACUAGCGACCUAAAGAGGUUUAAUAUUUUUUUGCACAAUGCUGCAGAGCAAUCAUUUAACAGUUUGAAAUCAAAUGAACACGAUUUCAAAGCCUAUAAUUCAUUAAAAGAAAUAUUGUAUACCCAAGUUAUUCUUCUUAACAGAAGGCGACCAGCUGAGGUAGCUCAGCUAAAAGUCCAAACUUUUAAAUCAAUUAAUUUAGAAAGUGAUUCCAAUAACGAAUUUGAAAAAUGUUUAACAGAAUCCGAAAAGAUUUUAUUAAAAACCUACAGUCGUUUAGUUAUAAGAGGAAAGCGUGGAAGAGGGGUACCCAUAUUAUUAUCACCAAUAAUGAAAACGCAUUUUGAAUGUAUUUUGCAAACUAGAGAUAACUUUGCAAUUCAAAGUGAUUUUGUGUUUCACACAACUGGUCGAGGGUUUGUUGAUGGAACUAAAAUUAUUCACAAAUAUGCCAAGAAAUGCCAACUGGAGAAAGCUGCCAAUAUAACAGCAACAAAACUUCGAAAGCAUUUAGCUACCAUCACUCAACUUCUUCAGUUUUCAAAUAACGAUAUGGAGCAAUUAAGCAAAUUCAUGGGUCACACAUUACAAACUCAUUCAAACUUUUACCGUAUGUCCGAUAAAGUGUAUCAAACAGCUAAAAUUUCAAAACUUUUACUUUUAAUGAUGGAAGGCGGAGCCGACAAAUACAAAUCUAAAACACUAGAUGAAAUUGAUAUUGAUUUAUCCCCUGUUUUUGAUAAUGAAGAAAUGGAAACAAUCUAUGCAAGUAACAAUAAUCUGAACAUUGACUGCGAGAUGCCAUCCACUUCAAAUAAUUCUGAAAUACCAACAAAAGCGAUAAAACCAAAAAAGCCAAUCCCCAUUAACGAACGACAAUCAUGGACAAACUUACAAAAAAUAAAAAUUUCGGAAUAUUUUUCUGAUCAUAAUAAAAAAAGAAAAGCUCCGAAUCGGUAGGAAGUUAAUGAAUUCUCUAAUCAAUAUCCUGAAUUAUUUAAAGACAGAAAAUGGACA